UUAUACCAAAAUUACCAUCGUUAUGUUACAAAGGACAUACGUUAUAUUUCUAAUCAUGUAUAUUUUGUACAACAAGACGACCAGUUGUUUCGAAAGUUUUUACGGCGUGAGAACAAAUGAAUAUCCAAAAACGUCGUGUCAAGAAAUUGAAAAUAUUAAAACCGCCUUAAGAUGUCUGGGAAGAUGCGGGAGCACAAUAGAUAGUAUUGUCAUGAUCAGCCACAACGAGUCCACAAAUACCUGUAUGUGUUGUAAUGACAUCACAGGAAGUGACAUCAUCGGUGCAAAUUGGAACUCAUUUGUUCUAGUUCCAAGGUCUACUGGCUGCACGACCUACCAAUUGACGUCCAACCAAAUCUGUUUGAUGUAUUUCCCAGUUCCGGCAAGAUACUCAACAGCUAAAACCCUUUGUCAAGCGGGAGGUGGGAAUCUUUUUAAGAUUGAUUCCCAGGAAAAAUUCGCCUUAUUCGAGGAUUAUCAUGUGCCGAUUGCCGACGGUGCACUCCUUGAAGUGUGGAUUCAAGGGGAGAAGACAGGGGGUCAAUGGAGGUUUGAUGAUGGCACUCUGAUACCCCACGUGUGUCCCCUCGUCACGGAAAAUAAACCAGCUGAGAUACAUCUCCGGGCUAGGGGCCGUACAGGUUUCGAUUGCCGAGAUGCUGAAGAAAAUGUUCUUUAUCACUAUACAUGUGAAUACCAGCGAUGGAAUUCACACUUAUAAACCACAACAAUCAUUGUGUGAACUUUAUGCGUUGUUUGUUUCUCCUGGCAUAUUUUUGAUACUAGUAUUUGCUGCAUACUUGACGAAUAUUGUUAAUUUAAAAGGUUUCGAAUAUUCAUUAACAUAGUAUCAAUAGUGCGUACAUUAUACAAUUUUCAAAUUUUCAAAAAAUAAAUGGCCAUCUUUAAGUUAAAUGUGACUUAAAGAUGCUUAAUUAAAUGUGGAUAAAAGAAAAUCUUUACACAACCUUUAAGCUAUUUAAAUAUGCUUUAACGUAGCUUAA